GCCCAUCCCUUUUGCUUCAACUUUUUUUUUUUCCACCAAACAACUCUAAGUAGCUUGCAUCCUCCCAUUCGUGCAUGGCUUGUGAAUCAUGUGGGUCAAGAAAAGGUAGAAAUGCUGUUCCAUCGUGCGGGCAAUGUGAAAAAAGUAAUCGCAACUGUAUAUAUCGACCGCCAGCACUCCAUAUUCGUGAAGAAGACGUAGUCAAACUAUCUUCGUCAGUAGAUGAACUCGGAAGUACAAUGUCUGAACUGCAAAACGACCUGACGCACGUUCUACACUCUGUCAACUCACUACUAGCACUGAAAUUUGAUCACACUAGUAGCAAGCAGAUGAAUAGCGACAUAUCGUCUACUACAAAGGACACUCUGUUCAUUUCACAAAAAGAUUGUGACCUUUAUCUGACGGACAAAGGAAUAUCGAUAGAGUUCCGUACCGAGAACAUCUGCUUUCAGAAGUUACGAGACUUACUAUACUCAAGUUUAUUUUCGACUAACGGCGAGCCAGCAAACUCAGAAAAUGAGACCGCCCUAGUGCCAACUGCAAGGAUACCUGUGUAUACACAGCCAUCAUUUCUCUUGGUACCUUUGUACAAUGCACAUCCCACCAUCUAUCAUAUUGACCCACCCACAUUCGCCGGGAUGCUUAACAAUGGCGAUACCAUGAACCAACUCUUGGAUAUAUUUUUUACAUGCUAUGUAGGGUAUCAAAUUCCUUGCAAAGCUGCGUUUAGGACAAAGUUUUUCUCUGGUGGAAUCAAGCCGUUUUUGAUGAAUGCCGUGACAGCUUGGGCUUGCAAGCAUUCAGCUGUAUUUCACGGGAUGUUCUCGGGCAGCGGUGGUGAACAAGCCGGCGCACCCUACUAUCAGCUUGCACGGGAUCAACUUUUUGAGUGCAUGUUCGACAACAAUGAUGUUGACUGUGUUUUUGCACUUGUACUCUUAUAUGGGUAUCACGUUGGAAAGGCGUCUGCAACACUUUCAUGCCGCCGACUACCAGGUUCUUACUUGCAUCUAGGAAUGGCAACUCAGAUGGCAUUAGAACUCAAGAUGCAUGUAGCCCAUCCAGAGCUCUCCGAAGAAUUGCAAGAGACGUAUCGCCGACUCUGGUCCUUAAUUUAUUUUUUGGACGCUCUGGCUGUUGGACAAACCGACAAGCCAACAAUGAUGAUACCCGAUCAUGAAAUCACCGUCCUUCCUCAGGCACCUCUAUCAAAUGAAGAUGUAGAAACAUGUGCUCGUGUCCAGUAUGCUAGAUGCCGAACGGAUUUACGAAAGCUAUUUCGAAAAAUCACCAGCUGCAUGCAAUUCUCAGAAGUUGAAAUAUCCGCAAUCCAUGAUCUUGACGUCGAAAUUGACGAGCUUCGCCACUUUUUUGAUACCGAAGUGGAUCACAUUAGUCCAAAUAGAAGAGCGGGAGCAGAGUUCAGCGCACAAGGCUACUACAAAUUGAGCAUCCAACUGUUCUUUCCAAUGACAAACACAUCUCACCAAGAAAAUGGCGAUAUCUCUGCCCAAAAGCUCCUGCAUCUGGUCUACUUGGAUGCAGCUUCAAAUAGCCCUUGGUGCUUGUAUUCUGUCGAGUCCAGCUGGACUGGGAUGGCGGUACUCAAGUACUUUCAAAGAGAAGGAAAAGACGAGGAGAAGACUAUCGCGUAUCAAGAGCUUACAAAUAAUCUUUCUAGACACUGGCCGAUGGCAAAAUUGAUUGACUAUAUUGGAUAAUAAAUAUGUGUUUCUGAAGAGAAUAGAGCAUCGACUGACUU